GCCCACACUUCGUUUCUUCGCUCUAGAAGAUUUAGAGGUUUCCAUCAUGCCUGAACCCGCGAAGUCUGCGCCGGCCCCGAAGAAGGGCUCCAAGAAGGCCGUGACCAAGGCGCAGAAGAAGGACGGCAAGAAGCGCAAGCGCAGCCGCAAGGAGAGCUACUCGGUGUACGUGUACAAGGUGCUCAAGCAGGUGCACCCCGACACCGGCAUCUCGUCCAAGGCCAUGGGCAUCAUGAACUCCUUCGUCAACGACAUCUUCGAGCGCAUCGCCGGCGAGGCGUCGCGCCUGGCGCACUACAACAAGCGCUCGACCAUCACGUCGCGCGAGAUCCAGACGGCCGUGCGCCUGCUGCUGCCUGGUGAGCUGGCCAAGCACGCCGUGUCCGAGGGCACCAAGGCCGUCACCAAGUACACCAGCUCCAAGUAAGACCAUCGGCAUCCCGAAAGAAAUUUCGUAAACCAAAGGCUCUUUUCAGAGCCACCCACGUUAUCUCUAAAAGACCUGUAACCUGGGACUUGGCUUUAUUAAAUAUGAAUGCCAGCACACUUCAAAUGCUCUCAUUGCUACAGUUUCGUUAGAUUUUAGAACAGCUCCUCUAAG